CCGGGGACGGCGAGAGCGGCCCCGGGAGCGGCACAGGCGCCGAGCCCCGGGCAUGGAGCUGCCUCCUCCGCCCGCUUGAACGCAGCAGGACGAUCGCAGCCACCCGGGAACGGAGCCAGGGCAAUGGCAAACCUCACAACUCCUCCAGCCUGGACCAGAGCCAUCAACAGCUCCUUGGCCCCCGAGGGCGCAGAGGACGACUCCUACAAGUGCAUCUUUGACGAGGACUUCAAGUACGUCCUGCUGCCGGUCUCCUACGGCAUCGUCUGCGUGGUGGGGCUCUUCCUCAACCUGCUGGCCCUCUACGCCUUCCUCUUCAGGAUCAAGACCUGGAACGCCUCCACCACCUACAUGUUCAACCUGGCCAUAUCCGACACCCUCUACGUGGUCUCCUUGCCCCUGCUGGUGUACUACUACGCCAUGGGGGACAACUGGCCCUUCAGCGCGGGCCUCUGCAAGAUCGUCCGCUUCUUGUUCUACACCAACCUCUACUGCAGCAUCCUCUUCCUCCUCUGCAUCAGCAUCCACCGCUUCCUGGGCAUCUGCUUCCCGCUGAAGUCGCUGCAGUGGGGCCACGUCCGCUACGCCCGCAGGGUGGCGGCGGCGGUCUGGCUGGUGACGGUGCUGUGCCAGUGCCCCGUGCUCUUCUUCGUCACCACCAGCGCCAAGCGCGGCGCCGUCACCUGCCACGACACCUCCAGCAAGGAGCUCUUCGGCCAGUUCGUCAUCUACAGCUCGGUGAUGCUGGUGCUGCUCUUCUGCAUCCCUUUCCUGGUCAUCAUCGUCUGCUACUGCUUGAUGGCCAGGAGGCUGCUGCAGCCCACCAGGGGCAUCUCGCGCCUGUCCCGCUCCAAGAAGAAGUCAGUCAAGAUGAUCGUCAUCGUCUUGGUGGUCUUCGUCGUUUGCUUCCUGCCUUUCCACGUCACUCGCACCUUGUACUACUCCUUCAGGAGCUGGGACCUGAGCUGUGAGACCCUCAACGCCAUCAACUUGGCCUACAAGGUGACUCGGCCCUUGGCCAGCACCAACAGCUGCUUGGAUCCCGUCUUGUACUUCCUGGCAGGGCAGCGACUGAUGAAGCUGAAGGGCAACAAAAUGCUGUGGAAGCCUCAGAACGAGCUGGCUCUGGGCGUGGUGCCCAACAGCCACCUGGCCAGCAGCAACGACACGGACACCUUGUCCAAGGAAGUGAAGUCUUAGCUCUGCAACCCUCUCCCACCACAGAAGAGGGGUUUGGUUUUUAGCCCAGGUCAGGUAGCUCCCAGAGCCUGAGGGGUUUGGGUGUUGGUGGUGCCUUGGUUUGGACCUGCUUCAGCCUGGGCCACCUCAGAUGUGCUCCUCUGCUUGUCACCAUUCGGCUCUGUAGGACUUCUUUAAGCAAGGUGCCACUGUGGUUGCACACCCAAGCCUUACCUCUGCCUCUUCAUCCGAUGCUGAGUGCCAUCUGCCCAGUGGAGAAGCUGGGUGGCCUCUUUAGAAGCCAAAGCUGCUUAAAAAACCCCAAACCAACCCCCCUCCCCCCCAAAAAAAAACCCAACCCAACCCCAACCAAUCCUCUGAACAUAGAAUCAACCAGAUUGGAAGAGACUUCCAAGGUCAUCCAGUCCAACCUAGCACCCACCUGAGAUCGCUUCCUAGAGCAGAAACGUUGUGUGCAAAAGCUCCUCCUAAAGAAGCCUUUCUCCAGAGUCCCUGGCACAAGGUCCUUGGCAAGGGACAAAAAGGCUUUGGGUGGAUGAAGAGACUCAGCUCUGGUCCUGCUGACCAGGACCACGAUGAAAAGGCCAAGUGCAGACACCACCUGCAGUGGGAAAGAGGCUCCCAUAAGCUUAGCAGCCCUGAAGACUUCUUCUCCCAGCUUCCAGCCCUGGCAUCUGCUGGCAGAGCCAGGAGGAGGCUUUUAGCUCCUGUUCUCCCUGUUAGAAAGGUGCUGGUGGCCCUUCUGUCCCACUGGACUGUGAUUACACUGGUCCCACCCCACUGGAGUAUUACACUGGCAUCAUCCCACUGGAGUAUUACACUGGUCCCAUCCCACUGGAGUGUCCUGGCACCACCCCCCUGGAUUUUACUGGCACCACCCUCCCAGAGCUUACUGAUCCCAUCAAGCAGCUCCCCUGUUUGCUGGUCCCAUCAAGCAGGUCCCCUCUAGCGUUCUCCAGUGGGGCCACCACCUUCCAAAAACCCCUUUAGUGCUCCCUGAAGAGCUUUUGGGAACCUGCAGCUUACUUCCAGCUGCUGACUUCACCUGCAGCUCAUUGAAAUUUGGGGGGAGCUCUGCCUGUCUGGUUUUCAUCCCCUUACCAGUGCCUCGUGCUUCCAAGGAGGAGUGAAGACCUUUGCUUAUCCCCUUGGCUGAGUGCUGCCACAUCCUCAUUGCUGCCCAGGGGUGCCAGACCUCUGGUACCUCCAGCAACUUGCUGUGACACCCCCCCCCCCAAAAUGCUGCCCAGAUGUUGCUGUUGUGGUCCCUUAGAAUCACAGAAUCGUUUUGGUUGGAAGAGACCUUUGAGGUCACCAAGUCCAACCCUUAAGCCAACACUGCCAGCUCACUGCCACACAUGUAGGGUGCAGCUGAGGCAGCAGUGUGCCCAGGUGGGCAGCAGAGCCAGUGGCAUCCUGGGCUGGCUCAGGAGCAGUGUGGGCAGCAGGAUAAGGGAGCAGCUUCUGCCCCUGUGCUC